CAACUUAAAAUUGUACACAAUGGAAAGGAUUAGCGUAAGCUUGGUGUUAUCUCUCUGCCUGCUUGCUACUGCAACUGCCCAGCAGUGCGGCAGGCAAGCCGGCGGCAAAACAUGUGCCAACAACCUUUGCUGUAGCCAGUACGGUUAUUGUGGGACAACUGAUGACUACUGCUCGCCUUCCAAAAAUUGUCAAAGCAAUUGUAAGACUAGCGGCGGCGGCGGCGGUGGUGGUGAGAGCGCCUCUAAUGUCAGAGCAACAUACCACCUGUACAGGCCUGAGCAGAAUGGGUGGGACUUGAAUGCCGUGAGUGCGUACUGCUCGACGUGGGAUGCCAACAAGCCGUUGGCAUGGCGGAAAAAAUAUGGUUGGACGGCGUUUUGUGGCCCUGUUGGGCCUCGUGGACAAGCCUCCUGUGGCAAGUGCUUAAAGGUAACGAACAGUGGAACAGGAGCUCAAACAACAGCGAGAAUCGUAGAUCAAUGCAGCAAUGGAGGUCUAGAUCUGGACCAAGCCGUGUUCAACAAAAUAGACACAGAUGGAAAAGGCUACGCCCAGGGCCACCUUAUUGUGAGCUACGAGUUUGUGAACUGCGGUGAUUGAAGCAGACACUACUCUAUCCUAUUCAAUCGUAUGCAUGAUGAACGAUCGAGUAGGAAAAUAAAUAAAUUUGUACGAUGAAUAAAUGAUGUCCCAUCGUCAUGAAUAAUUGAGAAAAUGUUGUCGAAUUCAUCUGUGGAAUUCGAUCAUUUCUUGAGCAUCUAAAAACUUCAAAUUAUAAAUACAAAAUGAAAAUAUCCCAAAUGGGAAAAAUGUAACACUUGCCUUGUUCAAACUAUCACUUCAAUAUUAUAAGUUAUAUCCCUGUUAU